AUGCUCGCCCGUAUUGCCUCCAAGCGCGCCUUCACGGCCUCGGCCCGCCGCCUCGCUGGCGACCACCACCCGCACACGGUCUUCCACGACAAGUCGUUCACGCGCAAGAACGUCGGUGGCUUUGUCUGGACGCUCAUCCUUGGCGGCACGGUCGCGACCCUCGGUAUUUGCCAGUUCCAGAACUACAAGGGCGGCUUCCCGCAGCAAAAACCAGUGGACGACCUGUUCCGCCACGACGCUGCGGGAAGGGCAUGA